AAGAAAAAAAAGUUGGAAAGAGAGGAGAGGGGUCUUGUAUAGUAUUGAAUCGAACGGCACACCACAGAGCUUGCAAAAAACAAGGAAAACCAGAAGCAAAGCAUAAACUCAGAUCAUAUUUCUUGUUUUCGUUUUUUAAAAUCUUCAAAACAUUGAAAAGGAGAUUGAAUCAAAGAAAUUUAAACUCUAAUCGAAUCAACUCUAAUCACACGGUUGAUAUUACAGAUGUCAUCAUCAGGUUCUGAGGAAGACGAUGAGGGAAUCGACUCCUACCGGAAAGGAGGUUAUCACGCUGUUAGAAUCGGCGAUCCAUUCGCUGGCCGUCGUUAUAUAGCUCAGAGGAAGCUUGGUUGGGGUGAAUUCUCUACUGUCUGGCUCGCUUAUGAUACUCAAACCUCGAGUUAUGUUGCUCUUAAGAUACAAAAAAGUGCUGCAGAAUUCACUCAAGCUGCUCUUCAUGAGAUUGAAAUCCUUUCAGCUAUUGCUGAUGGGGACCCCUCUCAUUCCAAAUGUGUUGUGCGACUGAUUGACCAAUUUAAGAUUUCAGGGCCAAAUGGGCAGCAUCAUUGCAUGGUCCUCGAAUUUUUAGGCGAUAGCUUACUCCGGCUGAUCAAGUACAACCACUACAAAGGGCUUGAAUUGAAUAAAGUUAGGGAGAUUUGCAAAUGCAUUUUGAUAGGUCUGGAUUACUUGCAUCGAGAACUUGGUAUAUUACACGCUGACCUAAAACCAGAAAACAUUCUUCUCUUUUCUACCAUUGAUCCUUCCAAAGAUCCAAUUAGAUCUGGACACAGUCCAAUUCUUGAAAGGCCUGAGGGAAGCCUAAAUGGUGGAGCUACCAUGAAUCUUAUUGAGAAAAAGCUGAAAAGGAGGGCUAGGAGAGCAGUUGCCAGAAUUUCAGGAAGAGCUUCAAUGGAAGGGGAAGAAGCAGCAAAGCAUGAGAGAUCUAUGGAUGGGAUUGAUGUUAGGUGCAAGGUUGUGGACUUUGGCAAUGCAUGUUGGGCAGACAAGCCGUUUGCAGAAGAAAUUCAAACAAGACAGUAUAGAGCUCCUGAAAUUGUACUCGGGUCAGGAUAUUCCUUUCCUGCUGACAUGUGGUCAUUUGCUUGCACAGCACUUGAACUUGCUACUGGGGAGAUGUUGUUUGCUCCUAAGAGUGGACAAGGUUAUAGCGAAGAUGAGGAUCACCUUGCUCUUAUGAUGGAACUCCUUGGAAAGAUGCCUCGAAAGAUAGCUAUAGGAGGAAUUCGGUCUAAGGAUUAUUUUGACCGGCAUGGGGAUCUUAAGAGGAUUCGGAGGCUGAAGUUCUGUCCACUUGAUAAAUUGCUUAUUGAAAAAUUCAAAUUUUCUGAGACUGAUGCUCGUGAGUUGGCUGAGUUUCUUUGUCCCAUUCUCGAUUUUGCACCAGAAAAGAGACCAACAGCACAGCAGUGUCUGCAACAUCCAUGGCUCAACCUUUCAAAUUCUACAGAAAACAAAAAGAAAAAUCCUACCAUGGAGAAGGUGGAUGUUGGAAUGAGCAAACUUCAGAUUAAGGUGGGUAAAUGAGGAAAGACAAUCCCUCAUUCUUUCUGUAUAAGUAUUGAUUGUCAUUGUCAUUUUUUGGUUUGUUAUAUUAUUAAUAAAAUUAUUUUUUGGCUAA